GAAGUACUCAGAAUUUACAAGCUCAGCGGCAGGAAACACUUUCGAGCUGCAGAUUCAAACUUGACAAAUUGAUUGUUUGCAGCUGUCUACAAAUUCAAACUUCUUGUUUGCUUCCCUUCGUCUUCUUCUUCUUCUUCUUCUUAUCUCCUAAUCUGCUUUGGAAAACAGCGAGAAACCACAGUAAAUACAGCCGAAAAUUUCUGUGUUUGCAUCAGGUAAGGUGCUACAUGACUGCUUGUAUCGCCCGUUGCUCCUGAUGGCCUGUACGGAACCGUUUCUUUGUAUUUCGGACUCACGACAUGAUUGAGAGACAUGGAGAAGAUGGUUCCUUCAAUAGGAUCGAGAUAUUCUGAUUUCACCAAGUCUUUCAAGCUUGCUAUUCGCUCCCUUCUCACUUCCUGCUCCAAAGAGGAGUGUGUCAUAGCAUUUUCAAAUUUCAGCAGUGCAGAGCAGGAAAGUCUACACCGUCUAUUUAUUCAGGUUAUCACUUCUUUGCAUAAAAUGAUAGAGGAUGAGUUUGAGUCAUUAAGCCUUGAAACACAGGUGGGAACAACUCUUUAUACUGUGGACCAACUUGUGGAAGAACAAUAUCUGGACCCUCUAUUUUUGAAUAAGACGAAUGUAAUGGAUGUUGCAUGCAAUCUGUCAAUGGCAAAGAAAAAUGAGAUCCAGUUCUUGAUGGGCAUGUUGGAAAAGGCUGAAGAGCAGAAUAGCCUCAUCCGAGCUCGUCUUGAGCAACUCAAGAAAAGGAGGCAAAAUGUCACUGGUACAACAGAUGUUGAGAAGAAGUGGAAUUAUGCAGUUGAGAAAUGGAAUUUUGAAUUACUAGACAUCCGUUGAUGGGCCAUAAGGAAUGCAAUUGGUGGAUUAAAUGUAUUGUGUUAUGGUAAAACUUUGUGAGCAGAAGUAUAUGUCAAACUUUGCAAGCAAAUGUGUAUUUUAGAUAAAUCAGAAUUUCAUUAUGGGGCUACUUAUACACAUUUAUCUAAGCAUGUUUAUAAUCUGUUGUACAUCAGGAUUGAAUUCCUUUUCCAAAUUGAACCCCUGAACUUCCCGAACGAGCUUGAAUCUAUGCCCAUUGUUAGGGCCUCUUAAGCAACUAAAUCAUUAUGAGUA